AGCGUUCUUCAGUUUGCCACACCUCUUCUUCCCUUUCUCUCGCGGUGGAAGAGAAGCAUGGACACAACCGGGAAAGUGAUUAAAUGCAAGGCAGCUGUGGCUUGGGAGGCUGGGAAGCCUCUUUCCAUUGAGGAGGUGGAGGUUGCUCCCCCCAAGGCCCAUGAAGUUAGAGUUAAGAUCCAUGCGACAGGCGUGUGCCAUACUGAUGCACACACCCUGAGCGGAAGUGACCCUGAGGGGACGUUUCCUGUCAUCCUUGGACAUGAGGGAGCAGGCACUGUCGAGAGUGUUGGAGAAGGGGUCACCAAAUUCAAACCAGGUGAUGUUGUAGUUCCACUAUAUGUACCACAGUGUGGAGAAUGCAAGUUUUGUAAGAGUCCCAAAACCAACCUGUGCCAGAAAAUCAGGGUGACCCAGGGUCAGGGUCUGAUGCCAGAUAAGACCUCCAGGUUCACCUGCAAAGGCAAGCAGAUCUUUCACUUUAUGGGUACCAGCACAUUUUCCGAGUACACCGUAGUGGCCGACAUCUCUCUGGCCAAAGUAGAUGAUCAAGCUCCUAUGGACAAAGUGUGUCUCCUGGGCUGUGGGAUCUCUACUGGAUAUGGAGCUGCCCUCAAUACGGCUAAGGUGGAAGCUGGUUCUACAUGUGCUGUUUUCGGUUUGGGAGCAGUGGGCCUUGCUGUCAUUAUGGGCUGCAAGUCACUCGGAGCCACCCGGAUUAUUGGCAUUGACAUCAACCCAGACAAGUUUGAAAUUGCCAAGAAGUUUGGAGCCACUGAGUUUGUGAAUCCUAAGGACCACAGUAAGCCAAUUCAGGAGGUGCUGGUGGAGAUGACAGAUGGAGGAGUUGACUAUUCCUUCGAAUGCAUCGGAAACGUUGGAAUUAUGAGAGCUGCUCUUGAGGCCUGCCACAAAGGCUGGGGAACCAGCGUCAUCAUUGGUGUGGCUGGAGCAGGUCAAGAAAUCUCAACCCGCCCAUUUCAGCUGGUUACAGGGCGUACGUGGAAAGGCACAGCUUUUGGUGGCUGGAAGAGUGUGGAAAGUGUUCCUAAGCUUGUGAAUGACUACAUGAGCAAGAAGCUAAUGGUGGAUGAGUUUGUCACGGACACUUUGCCCUUUACCAAGAUCAAUGAGGCCUUUGAUCUGAUGCAUGCUGGGAAGAGUAUCCGAACAGUACUGCAGUUAUAAGCAUCCACGAGUCACGAGCCUCAUGUUUCGUGUCUUGCCAUGAAUAUAACAAACAAAGCAUUUCAAAUCUUUGUCGAUACUUGGUACUUACAAUAGUGACUAGUUCCAGUUACACGCUGAAUAAAUAUGGUUACAAAAUAUAAA